UCGUGCUCACUUAUCCGAAAAGGCCUUCUUCCACCUACUGUUUUGCUUUGCCGCCAAUGCUUAACAGAAAUUUUGGCAAAAUAUUUGUGUAGCUACAGCAAUGUCUGUUUAUGCAAAUCUCAGCCGUGCCCAACUUACAUAUGAAUAUCUUCACACAAACAGCACAACACACGAGUUCUUGUUUGGUGCACUUGCUGAGCUAGUUGAUAAUUCAAGGGAUGCAGAUGCUACAGAGCUUCGAAUACACACAACUCCAAGUGAAAAGUUUAGAGGUGGAUUUACAUUAUGUUUUCUUGACAAUGGUUGUGGCAUGGACCCAGUUGAGGUUUCUCAAGUCAUACAGUUUGGUCGUUCUUCAAAAAGAGAAGCUGGUGCCAGUCAUAUAGGACAGUAUGGAAAUGGCCUCAAAUCUGGAUCGAUGAGGAUAGGGAGAGAUAUGAUUUUGUUCACAAAGAAAGGCUCAUCAAUGAGUUGCUUAUUUCUGUCACGAACCUUUCAUGAAAAGGAGGAAAUACGCGAGGUUAUUGUACCAAUGCCAUCAUGGCAUAUUAAAAGCAAGGCACCAUACCUUCCAGAAGGACAUACAAAAGAAACUCAUGAUAUUGAAGUUGAUAUCAUUACAAAAUACUCACCAUUCAACUCUGUAGAGGAGUUGAUGGAACAGUUCGAUAAAAUCCCCACUCAUGGUACCAAUGUCAUGAUAUAUAACCUAAAACUAAUGGAUAAUGGUUUUCCUGAGCUGGAUGUGUUAAAAGAUACUAAAGAUAUUCAAAUGGCUGAUCCUCAUGCAUCAGAAGUUUAUGAUAUUGAUGAUAUCAUACAACCAGAAAGGGUGUCAUUUCGAUCAUAUAUUUCUGUACUUUACUGUGCACCAAGAAUGAAGGUGUAUAUUCAGGAUGUGAAAGUGAGGACGAAAAAAUUAAUAAACAUCUUGUACAAACCAAAGUCUUAUGUUUUUACGUCAACAAGAUUUAAAAAGAGAAGUGAAAUGGAGGCUGAAAAUGCUGAGAAGCUAGCAAGAUUAGCCGAAGAAAAGGCAAAGGAAUUAACCACACAGGCAAGGGAGGCAAAUUCAAAAUACAAAACAACCUCAAAGGAAGAUCGGGCUGCUAUUCAAAUAGCUGUUUCUAAGGCUGAUCAAGCAAAAUUUGAUGCUGAUGUUAAAAAAAGAAUUGCAGAAGCCAAAAGAAAAUCUGCAAAAGAACCAAAAACUUUGACAUUUACAUUUGGAUUUAACAUUAAACGUCGGCGCUGUGAUGGUUUGUUUAUUUAUAACUGUAACAGAUUGAUUCGCAUGUAUGAGAAAGUAGGCCCACAAGCAGAUGGUGGUGCAAAAGGAGCAGGCCUGGUAGGCGUAGUGGAUGUCCCUUAUUUAGUACUAGAGCCAACGCAUAACAAACAAGACUUUGCUGAUCAAAAGGAAUACAAACAUCUGUUAAAAUCCAUGGCUGAUCACAUGAUGCAAUACUGGAAAGAUUCGAAGAUCGAAACCACAGGCAUCACUAAGUUUUGGGAUGAUUUUGGAUACACUGGUUCAUGGCGAGAUGACCCUUCAAGCGACCAAAAAUAUAAAAUGAAACGCAUGAUGGGUGUGCCUGCGUUGGUGCAAUGUGAUAACUGCUUAAAGUGGAGGCAACUGUCUUUUAGCAGAAAGAACUUAAAUGAUGAAAUUCCGGAGAAUUGGGUGUGUUCCAUGAACAGUGAUAGUAAUUUUUCCAAUUGUUGUAAACCUGAGCAAAAAAUUAACGUCCCUGUUGGAAAGUUACAAAAAGAGAUAAAAAAUUUAAAUGAGAAACGAGCAGAAGAACUACGGAAACUACAAGAAAAACUUGACAAGAAACAAUCUGAAAUCAAGAAAAAACGUCAAAAAUCUCCAAGUCCUGAACCUUCGCCUCCCCCGAGGAGAAAACAGAAAUCUCCAAGUCCGGAAAAGGUUGCACUGGCAAGAAGAAGCAGAAAGACCAAGUCUCCUUCACCACCACCAAAUCGUAAAAGAAAAACCAAAUCUCCUUCGCCACCGCCUAAAAAAAGCACUGUGUCACCUUCUCCAAGAAAAUCCAAAAGGGAAAAAUCUCCGUCCCCAUCACCGAAGCGUAAUCGCAAAACGAGGUCGCCUUCUCCAGUUAGAAAUAAAAAAGUUACUACUACUCCGAAAGCAAAAGAUCCAUCUCGUUCCAAAUCGUCACACGAUAAACGCAAACCAGACCCAUCGCCAAGAAAAUCAAUAAGCAAAAAAGAAGAGGCGAAAAAGAAUGAGAAAGAUGAUGAGUCAGCAGAAGAUGUGGAGGUGUUGUCAAGUGCUAUCUAUCCUCUGCAAUGUAAAGUGGAAGCAAAAAUGCAUCAUACCUGGUAUGCUGGCACAGUUGUUGCAUAUAAAAAGUCAGCCGAAAAUACCACCUUGCGCAUACGAGUAAAAUUUGAAAAGCAUUCGCACGAUAAAUUUGACAAAUGGUUUUACGAAACGGAUCCGACAUUAAGGCUUCGCGAUGUUGCAAUGCCAAGUGAGGAAGGCGCACUAACAAACAUGAAUCAUAGUCAAAAUGAAGUAGAAAUGAACGGGGAAGAUGUGAAAGGAGAAUUAUUAGAAAAAGUGACUUAUCUUCUAAGGAGGUGUUUGUGUUACUUUCGAGCUCCUGAUUUCGAAAAAGACAAAAGGGAGAUAUUAUCGCUGACCCCGCAACAAUUGCGAGAUUUUCCACUUAGUACUUUUUUUGAUGACUACGAAAGAAAUAUUAAGAAGCAACUCCAAACAACUCGCGAAAGUCUGAACAAGCGAGCCCAUGAAGCUGAAGGGAAGUUAGAAUCUUUAGAAAAAGAAAAGACGAAAGUAGAAAAGGAUUUAAAAGAAUCUAAGCAACAAUGCAGUAAACAUGCAAAAACAUUGAAAGAACUUCGACUUGGCGUAAACGUAAUGUUACGAAGCAUACUAAACGAGGAUGAAAAGUUAGACGCUAACGAUGCAUCUGAAAAUGUGGAUAUAUACUUGAAGACAAUAGUUGAUCAGAUCGCUGAAAGUAACAGUAGCUGACAAGGUGCUAGUUUUUAAAGAAGUAUUUUAAAAACAGGGUCUAUGUCGUAUGUCUAAAAUAAAUGACGCUUUGGAACUUCAAUGACAAAUGUCAUCGUUUAAUAACAUUUGACAUGCGCAAGUGUUUGAUUUUCUUUGCUUUUUUUUGCAAAAGGAGUUUACACUAGUAAAAUAUAAUGAGUCUUCUUUGCUUUUUCAGACGUAAUUACGCUGAGUGGUCAGUCUGUCUAGCUUUGGCUUAUGUGUGCAACUAACAUUACUUUGCGUGUUUCUGUGUUUUAGAGAUAUUUGUAUCUCAUUUGUUGAAAUUGAAAAACCUUGCUGUGCUUGCUCUCCACCUUUUAACUGUUUGGCUCUCGAUAUUUCCGUUUGUUUACUUCUCUCUGCUCAUACUUCGCUGAUAUAUAUUUAUGGAAUUUUUAUAUUGUACAGGUUUUGUAAUAGUGUAUAUUUUGUACAUAGUUUUAAAACUAAAUCUAUUCCGGAAGAGUUGAACAUAAUCAGUUGAA